CAAGAAAUGGAAUCGGGUGCAGGAAGGCAACAAAAUGGCAGCUCAUUUGAGCGGAGGUCGAGUAAAUAUAGGUUUAUUACGCGAAGCAGCGAGAAAGGAGUUGCUGAAUUGUCUUGAUAAAUGUCCGGGGAGCAAGGUAAGAUACAUCAACUUCUAUUUGGAAGCAAUUUAGUUUAGGAUUUUUGCAUUUUUACAUGCGAUCACAGCUAGUUUUAUUUCCAUACAUAGUAUGUUGUUUUAUUUUCCAUUAAAUUUUGGGUGUCCAAUUUCCAAGCGUUCCAGUGAGUUAGCUACUUAGCUAAGUAGUUACUGAAUGCAUAUGUCAUCAAACACAUGCAAACACACACUGAAAUGCAUGUAUCACUUGCAGGCACUUGCAUUUAAUACUUUGAUCAGUCAGGCCUUAAAAUAUCGGUCGGUCACGGACAUAUUUGUCCGACCCAUUCGUGAAAUUGUCCGACGUAGUGAUCAGGGGCGUAGGAAGCAUCAAAAGAUUGGGGGCACUGGCUUCUAGGGCACUUUAGGGUAGUGAAAAGGGCAUCUAAAAAUUUUUUUUCCUCGGAAAUGUUGGCGACGUGGGGGGGGGGGGAGGAGGGGAAAAGAAAAAUUUUCCAGUCGUACCAUACCAAAAUUGCACGUUUUUGACCAAAUUUUUUUAAAAAACUUGUAAAUUUCCAAACAAAAAGGGCACCUUUGAUGUUAAUUUAGUAUUUACAGCGACAUUAGCUUGUACAAAAAGGGCACUUUUCAUCACAAAAAAGGGCACUUUUCAUCACAAAAAAGGGCACUUUUCAUCACAAAAAAGGGCACUUUAAUUCAGUCCUUUGAAAAAAUUUGGGGGGCCACGUGCCCCCCCCCCGUUCCUACGCCCUAGUGAGGAAACCACCGGACAUUCUGUCCGACCUAAGUGAAACUGAGGUUGAUUGUUUGUCCGACCCGAGUGUAUUGGUGUCCGACCGAACGGUAGCUUUGUCCAAUUGUCCAACAUAUAAAUCAAAGUGUACCCUAGUCCAGGACUAGAGGCUCGACUAUGUUAAAUAAAAAGUGAACUGGAAAUGUUGUUUUAAUGCAAUCGAGGGCGGGAGCGAAAUGGUGAAGUGGAAAACAGGCUUAUUGCUUAAGUUGACAAAGUCUUACUGCUGUAAUUGGCAAGCAAGUUAAUUUGGCUUGGAAAUAAGUAUGAAUGACACAAAUUAUUUAAUAGUUUCACAACAUUUUACGUUCAGAAUUAAUACAUUGUGCUGAUAUUAGUUUGUGACAUUCAGACUUAUUUCGGAGCCAAACUGAACUGAAGGUCAUCGGCAUUGGGUCGUUCCAGAAAAGAUUCAUACUCCCCCCACGGAGGAAAUUUCUGCUAUCCGGAUGGCGAGGGGAUAGAAAAAAUUGUUUCUGAUAAUAGUAAAUGUAUCAGGAAAUCCAAAGGGGGUAGGGGGUUAACUAAUUCCUAUUUCCUCCGUGGGGGUGGUAUGGAUGUUUUCUGGAAUGACACAUUAUCACACACAUGUCCGACCCAAACUCACAGUCAUUGGACAUUUUGUCAGACGGCCCUGUAAACGAUAUUUUAAGGCCUGCAAAAAUUUAAUGUGGUAUAUAUACUGUCAUUGUUUUAGGCUUUGGUUUGGGACAACCAGUUGACUGCACCAUUUGGUUUGAUUGCCGAAUAUUCUCUGUUGAAGGUAUUGACAAUUAUAUGAGCAAUAUCAUUGUAAUCAAUAAUUUAAUCAAUGGCUUGAUAAAGACAAUCAGAUAAUCGGUAAAUUUUUUUUGGAAGAUAAAUCAUGGUUUUAAUUAUUCAUUUGUUAAUUUAGGAACAUGAAGUUGAUGCGAUGUACCCUCUACAAUCUGGCCGUCUUCCCACAAAUAGUGUUCAACAUAUGAUCUUCAUAACUCGAGCUAAAGUUUCCCACAUGGAGAUUAUUGCAGAUAUUGUUUUUGGGUAAAUUAUGACAUCAUCAUUAUCAUAUUGCAAAGUGUUUUAAAAGUUUGAUGCCGCACAGACUUAUUUUGGCACUGAAUCUAAAUCUGGGUUUUGGGUCUUGCACAAGUAGGGGGGUCUGGGGCAUAUUUUCCCAAGAUCUGCAUUCUGAUUGAGCGUCAAAUUUCUAACAAUAAUGUCAUAUUAGUCUGACGAAGCCGUAUUUUAAACAAAAACUAUGACAAACAACAGGAAUUUUAAUUUAGAAACUUAAUUUUUAGGAUUAAAUACUAAAUGCCCCAACUGCAUUUUGACAUCCCCCCUUGAAACCAUCGCCUCAGUCACCAAGUCACUGCAUGUUUCUGAUUGAAUAACUAAUCAUGUACUUCACAGAACAUUUUAGACACCUGUGUACUGUACAAGUGCUAGCUAGUAUGGGUUUACAAUAUAUCUUUAGUGAGGAAGAUCGAACAAGCAAGAAAGAUUAUACAGUUUUAUUUGUUCCAAGAAAGACUUUACUUUGUGAAAAACAUCUCCAGGUAAAAAUACUUUGCUAGCCAUGUGAGAGUUUUGUCACUGAUUCAUUUUACUCAAAAUGUCUGGAAUGAGAAUCAAAUACAAUUGCUCAAAUUAUACCAAACAAUUUAGGGUUUAGGAGUGAGUUAUAUUACAUUGGAUGAAUACCCUUUGGAUUUGAUUCCAUUUGAAAAUGAUUUGCUCUCGUUGGAAAUGGAAAGUGCGUUCAAGGUACGUUCCUGUAGCAAUGCAAGUGAAGUUAACUUUAUGGCUAUUCCAUUCCAAGGUAUCGAAUAGACAAUUCCCAUAAAAGACUAAUUUUAAACCUAGGCAAGGAGAUGCAAAUAAGUCACCACAGCUAGAAAGAGCAUACUAAAAAGAGUAAAAUUGCAAAGUUUGGUUGCAAAAUGUUGUAAAAUGCGGAAAGUAUAGCCUUGCAAAGUUUGCAAAUUUUAUAUACUUUUGUAUUGCGUGCGGAAAUUGCUACCAUUUUCGGCCCAAAUUAAAUGUGGCAGCAAUUUCCGCACACAAUAAAAAAGUAUACAAAAUUUACGAACUUUGUAAGGCUAUAUUUUCCGCAUUUUACAACAUUUUGCAACCAAACAUUUUUUACUAAUUUUUGUAUGCCCUUUUCCGGGAAUAUACUUUUUUUUUGCCAAGGUAAAAAUUUUGUCUAUAAUGGGAAUUUAUAUCUAUUGAUGCUGAUUUUCUGUUAAUUAAAUUAUUUCUGAUCCAUCAUGCUGGUAUUUUAGGAAUGUUAUUUAGAGAAUGAUUCAAGUGUUAUAUAUCAUGUCACAAAUUCCCUGAUGAGGAUGCAGGCUUUGUAUGGAGUAAUACCAAAAAUUUAUGGCAAAGGGGAACUUGCAAAGGUAAGCCUGGCAUUCCCGUUGACCAAAUUGACAAUUAGAGCUUGCAACAUAGAUAAUUGACUAAUUGAGCAUAGCCUUUGAAACUGAGCUGUAGUUUUAUGGUACUAAUUUACUUUCUGCUUUGGCUUUAUAAACUUAAGUGAGGGAAAAAGUUUCUUUUGUGUUUGACUUUUCUUGCUAAUUAUCACUCGUACAAACCAGAGAUCAUGCAGGCCUCAAAAUUAGCGGCGACCACUGGCCGUCGAUGCCCUGGUUUGCAGGCCUUAAAAUAUCGGUCGGUCAAGGACAUUGUCCGACCCAUUUGUGAAAUUGUCCGACGUAGAAAGGAAACCACCGGACAUUCUGUCCGACCAAAGUGAAACUGAGGUUUAUUGUUUGUCCGACCCUAGUGUAUUGGUGUCCGACCGAACUGUAGCUUUGUCCAACGUAAAUCAAAAUGUACCCUAGCCCAGGACUAGAGGCUUGUAUGUUAAGUGGAAAGUCAGAGUACUAUUGUAUAAAAGGUGAACUAGAAAUGUUGUUUUAACAUAGUCGAGCUCGGGUCGGCGAACAAAGUGAAGUGGAAAACGGGCUUAAGUUGUCGAAGUCUUUUUUAAUACUGCUGUUCUGGAAAGCAAGUUAAUUUUGGCUUGGAAAUAAGUAUGAAAGAAACAAUUAUUUAAUAUCUUUACAACAUUUACCGUUUAUUCAUUUGUGUCGUUCAGACUUAUUUCCGAGUCAAAACUGAACUGAAGGUCAUCGGACAUAUGUCCGACCCAAACUCAACGUCACCGGACAUUUUGGCAGACGGCCCUGGAAAAGAUAUUUUAAGGCCUGUGUUUGUUGGACACUAUGCCCUUGAAAUAUACUGAAAUCUACGGCCUGUAGUGGCCUGCUCUCAACCACAGAGUACAGUACUGUACUCAUGCCGUUUAGAACACCAAGGGUAUGAUUUGUAAAAUUGGCAAUAAUCAACUUAUGUACUGUACAAUCUUAGUACUAGUUAUAGUUUAAGUUAAUAGUUAGUUACGAUAGUUAUAAAUAAGAUAUGAAUAGUUUCGUUUGGUAUUUUUUUUUAAUUGUUUAUUUUUAAUUAUUAAUCUGUAUAUUUUUCUUGUCUGCUGGAAACUCAAACGUUAUUUGAAACUUCAAAAUAGCAACUGAAUAAAAUUUUCAAACUGGCCCUGAUGCCCUGAAAAACUUAGUAUAACAUUUAAGGCCAAACUGACCUUGCCUUUAUUUUUCCCAAAUUCGAGGCCUGGUCAUGUAUACUCUCCAUUUAUCUGGGGUAUACUGUACCAUUUUUUCAUUCAACCAUGUUUUUCAGCGUGCAGUUGACAUGAUGUUAAGAAAAAGAAGAGAGGUGUUGGAUUCAGAAAACCAGAUCUCACCUCAAAUCGACUGUUUGUUGCUCAUUGAUAGAAAUGUCGAUUUACUAACACCAUUAUGUACGCAGCUUACGUAUGAGGGACUUAUUGAUGAAAUGUACGGAAUAAAUAAUAGUAAGUGCAAUUGGGUAUGGCCUUUAACUCACUGAUGCGCCCUACUUUCUUAUUUUACUCUGUGUAACGCCAGACGAUUUCACUCGUCAAGGGGAGAGUCCUACCUGCAAGUUCCUGAAGCUAACUGCAAUCCUUGGUCAGAAGCUAGUCUUAUGCAUGCUUAAAUUAAGUAAGGUAGAACAUUUCAAGAACUCCUUUUUCAAAUGCCAGAACUCCGUUUUCAAGUGCCAAUACUCAGUUUUCAAAUGCCGAAACUCAGUUUUCAAAAGUUAAAACUCCGUUUUCAAGUUCCAGAACUCCGUUUUCAAAUGCCAAAUUUUCAAAUGCCAAUACUCAGUUUUGAAAUGCCAAAACUACGUUUUCAAUUGCCAAAACUCCGUUUUCAAAUGCCAAUACUCAGUUUUCAAAUGCCAAAACUCAGUUUUCAAAUGCCAGAACUACCUUUUCAAAUGCUAAAACUCUGUUUUCAAAUGCCAGAACUCCCUUUUCAAAUGCCAAAACUCCGGUUUCAAAUGCCAGAACUCCGUUUUCAAAAGCCAGAACUCCGUUUUCGGCUUGAUAUAUGAAAAUUUUCGACCAAUUUUUUUCAGCAAAUUAGUGGACACUCAAUAUUGACAAUAUGAAACAUAACUCAAAAAAAUUUCUUCGGUGCCUGGUCCCCUACAUGUCGUAAUUUGCAUUGCAAGCUUCAAGCGAAGCGAGCAAGUUUGGACCAUGCAGGCAGGGCUAACUGAAAAAAUUUUUUGCCUACCUGCAAAAAAACUAAAUAUACAGGCAUGCUUUAUUAUUUUACUCUGUCUAACGCCAGACGAUUUUACUCGUCAAGGGGAGAGCGCUGGCGCUUAAUGGGUUAGUGUUGCUUCUGCAAGCUUGACUAAAGUAGUUGGUUGGUUUCCUAGUUUGUGUUUUGCUCAUGAGUUAUUAACGGGUCUGAGAAAUUAAUUUCUAUUCUAACUUCAGCCACCGCAAAAUUUCCUCCUGAGAAAUUUCAAGUUCCAGACGAUAAGAAAGCUGGUCCCGCUCAACCAGCGCAGGCUCCUGAGCAUAGGAAAAUCCCCCUCAACUCCGCUGAUCAACUGUACAGCGAGAUACGAGACUUGAAUUUCUUGGCUGUUGGUCCAGUGUUGAGCAGGAAAGCAAAACAGAUCAGUGCCGCAUUUGAGGUUGGUUAUGCAUUUGCAUGAUAGAGCUUUUGAAUAGUUACGAACUCUAAACUAAACUAAAAGAAAACUAACUUUACACUAUCAAUUCUAAAAAGGGUCGGCGUGUUUUUGUCCAGUGUUACGACAGAAGGACAUCUUGACUUGAACUAUAUCUUUAUUUUUACUGGAUAGUUCUCUCCCUAGAGUGCAGUAAGCAUCUGUUAUUGAUCUAGUGUUACUACAGGAGGAAACCUAAACUAAACUAACAUUAUUUUUACUGGAUAUCGCUAUUAGUUCUAAACUGUUCUUCCUAGAGGUCCAGUAAAGAUCAUCUCUUACUGAUCCAGUGUUACUACAGGAGGAAACCUAGACUAAACUAACUUUAUUUAUACUGGAUAGCUCUAUCAGUUCUAAACUGUUCUCCCUAGAGGUCCAGUAAGGAUCAUCUCUUAUUGAUCCAGUGUUACUACAGGAGGAAACUUGAACUAAACUAACGUUAUUUAUACUGGAUAACUCUAUCAGUUUUAAACUGUUCUUGCUGGAGGUCCAUUGAAGGUAUAAUCACUUUUUGGUUGGAAACGCCCAGAGCAAAACCUGCAGCGUUUGGUACUUUGUGUUUGGUAGAGUUUAUUGGAAUGAUUCUUUAAAUCGUUUUACUUUUGUUUAUUUUUUAGGAGCACAAGGGAGCCAAGACAGUGAGCGAAAUGAAACAAUUUGUACAUAAACUUCCACAUAUUCAAGCCGCAAAACAUUCACUGGCAAACCGUAAGUCCAUAUUUUAGAGAGUCUUAUGACACAGUGGUCAGUACAUGCAUAUGUCCUGGUUCUGCUCUUGCAGGCUUCCAUUCCUGCUAUAUUCUGUUGUGAGCAUGCAUAGCAGGAAAUAAUUUUUUUUCUUGGAUCCUACGUUUUGGGGUCAAUAAAUUAUUUUCUGCGCCCGCGGUAGCAUUAUGCAAUGUCCUAAAAUUUUCUGCCAGCUAAGUCAGGUCUGAAAAUGUUCCGAGAUCUCAGAUGCCAGGGUCCACGGGCCAUUAUUUUCUGCUAUGUAUUUUUUCCUGCUUUGUAUAAUUUGUAACAACUAGAUCAGCCCAAGGAGGUCCAGUAUAACAGUUUAGCCGGAAUAGACCUUUCCCCUUUUGAGUGAAAUUUUGAUCUAGACAAGUCUGGACAAAAAUUUCAUCACAGCUUGAAAGAGCAUCACAAAAUUAGUAAUAUUCCGAAGUUUCCUUGCGAAAUGUUGUAAAAUGCGGAUAAUAUAGCCUUGCGAAGAUUGCCAUUUUUCAGUCAUUUUGUGUUACAAAUGGGAAAUUGACAAUCAGUUUGAUCAUCUGAUUAUCAAUUUCCCAUUUGUAAUGCAAAAUGACUGAAAAACGGCAAACUUCGCAUUGCUAUAUUAUCCGCAUUUUACAACAUUUCGCAACGAAACUUUGGAAUAUUACUAAUUUUGUGAUGUUCUUUCAAGCUGUGAUGAAAUUUUUGUCUAGACUUAUCUAGAUCAAAAUUUCACUCAAAAGGGGGAAAGGUCUAUUGAUAGAGCUAUCCAGUAUAUAAACGAAGCUAGGUUCGUUUAGGUUUUUAGUAUGUUAUCCAAUGACACUGAAUGUUGACGGCAUGUUUACUUUCUUUCCAGAUACGAGUAUAGCUGAAUUGAUCAAAGAGCACACAGACACGGAGUCGUUUCGAGAAAACCUCCAAGUACAACAUGGUAAACAUUCCUGUCUGUUCAUUAUUCUUUGUCAAAAAUUACAAACUAGACACUGGACCAGCACGUUUGAGAUGUCAACUUUUAUUGAACUUUCAAUUGUUUAGAAUUCAUAAGCGGUGUUGACACUGAUAAAAUAAAUCCAUACAUAGAAAAGUUAAUCGCGGUCAAAGAACCUUUAGUGAAGGU